AAAAUUAUACCCAACAUGAAGCUUCUGAUUGUGUCCUUUGCCCUGUUCGUUCUGGCUGUAACGCUCGUUUCCGCGCUGCCAGCCGUAAAUGAUGAAUCCAUCCUCGGAGGGGACGUGUACGAGGCGGAAGUGGACAGUUUCAACCCCCAAGAUCCGCAAGCCUUCCUGAAGCUUAAGAAGUUGAAGAAACUGCUGUUCCUCGGUUAA